AUGACAAAAUUCUGCAGCAACGUUUUUACAUGUGUUAUCCUGAUUUCCAUCGGCAAGGUGACGGCAAACAAUGAAACGAAUGGUACAACACUGGAUGAGGAAUUUAGACUAAAGGAUAAUCUCCUGUCACCGGCCCGGUACAAUCCUAUUGUUCGUCCGAAACGAAACCACUCGGAACCACUGGUGAUCUUCAUCACAUGGACGUUUAUCGCUCUCAUACACGUGUCAGAAGUUGAUUCAACGUUAUGCCAUGCAGCUGCAUUGACUAUUGAAUGGACCGAUGAAUACCUGACCUGGAAUCCGGAUGAUUAUGGAGGACUAAAUCGAACCUACGUAACGGGCAAGCACAUUUGGACGCCGAAACUGAUGGGUUCUAAUGCAAUCGGAUCAAACUUCCUGGACAACAUCCUUGACGAUGCAUAUCAUAUUACGUCACGUGGUGCUGUAUCUGUUUCGACAUCCGGAGUUAUAUCGGUUUCCUGUGUUAUGAAUCCAGAAAAUUUUCCCUAUGACUGUCAGACAUGUUCUGUAAAAUUGAACUACGGAAUUAAAGCAAAGGAAACACGUUUCCAACCUACGUAA